GUAUAAAUAAGAUUGACAUUCAUGUCUAGACAAUUAAUAUUACCAUACGUUUCAAUCGAAACAGUGCUGCAUAAUAAUGAAAGCCUUUAAAAUUGUCGUGAUAACUUUGAUUUUUUGCCAAAAAGCAAUUGCUGGCGACAGUCAGCCUUCGAGAGGUUGCUUGAAGAGCAAUGAAGAAUAUACAACUUGCGGAACUGCAUGUCCUCUAACUUGCGACAACUAUAACAAUCCACCAACUUUUUGCACGAAACAGUGUAUCAUAGGAUGUGUCUGCAAGCCUGGAUACGUCAGAAAUAAAUCAGGCAACUGUGUAUUGCCAUGUGACUGCAAACCUGAAGUUCUUCGCUGCACAAAGAAAUUUGAAGUGUACAACUCUUGUGGCAGUGCUUGCCCGCCCACAUGUGAUAACUAUAAAAAUCCACCGGCGUGUACGAAGCAAUGCGUACCAGGAUGUUAUUGUCAAGAAGGAUAUGUAAGAAACGAUGCUGGAAACUGUGUCUUGCCGUGUGACUGCGAGCCUGAAGUUCCUCGCUGCACCAAAAAAUUCGAAGUGUUCAACCCUUGUGGUAGUGCUUGCCCGCUCACCUGUGACAACUAUAAACACCCACCUGUGUGUACAAGGCAAUGCGUACCUGAAUGUUAUUGUAAAGAAGGAUAUGUAAGGAACGAUGCUGGAAACUGUGUCCUACCAUGUGACUGCGAGCCUGAAGUUCCUCGCUGCACAAAAAAAUUCGAAGUUUUCAACCCUUGUGGUAGUGCUUGCCCGCUCACCUGUGACAACUAUAAAAACCCACCUGUGUGUACAAAGAAAUGCGUACCAGGAUGUUACUGUAAAGAAGGAUAUGUAAGGAACGAUGCUGGAAACUGUGUCCUACCAUGUGACUGCGAGCCUGAAGUUCCUCGCUGCACCAAAAAAUUUGAAGUGUUCAACCCUUGUGGUAGUGCUUGCCCGCUCACCUGUGACAACUAUAAAAACCCACCUGUGUGUACAAAGAAAUGCGUACCAGGAUGUUACUGUAAAGAAGGAUAUGUAAGGAACGAUGCUGGAAACUGUGUCCUACCAUGUGACUGCGAGCCUGAAGUUCCUCGCUGCACCAAAAAAUUUGAAGUGUUCAACCCUUGUGGUAGUGCUUGCCCGCUCACAUGUGACAACUACAAAAACCCACCUGUGUGUACAAAGAAAUGCGUACCUGGAUGUUAUUGUAAAGAAGGAUAUGUAAGGAACGGUGCUGGAAACUGUGUCCUAUCAUGUGACUGCGAGCCUGAAGUUCCUCGCUGCACAAAAAAAUUCGAAGUUUUCAACCCUUGCGGUAGUGCUUGCCCGCUCACAUGUGAUAACUAUAAAAAUCCACCUGUGUGUACAAGGCAAUGCGUUCCAGGAUGUUACUGUCAAGAAGGAUAUGUUAGAAACAAUGCUGGAAACUGUGUUCGACCGUGUGAUUGUCCACAAGUUCCACGGUGUCGUAAUAAUGAGGCAUAUACUGAAUGUGGCAGUGCUUGCUUUCUCACAUGCAGAAAUUUUUUGAAUCCACCCAAGAUUUGUACACUGCAAUGCGUUGUAGGAUGUCAAUGUAAAGAAGGAUAUGUUAGAGAUGAAAUUUCUGGCAAAUGUGUCUUGCCCUGUGACUGUCCAGCUACUGGACACAAGUGUCGAUUACCUAAUGAGGAAUACAGUACUUGCGGCACUGCAUGUCCUGAUACAUGCGACAAUUAUAAGAAGCCUCGUGCUUGUACACUUCAAUGCGUAGAAGGAUGCUUUUGUAAAUCGGGAUUUGUUAGAAAUAAUAAAGGACUUUGUGUUCCACCGUGUGACUGUUGAGGUUGUUUUGUAAAAUUUGUAUUUGAAAUUAAAAAACCUAUCAACAAUUAAAAUUCGUCAAUCAUCAAA